GGGAGGGGAUAGUGCAAUCAGGGUUGCCCGCGGAGUUCAGCAAAGGAAAUCUUCAGUUAGCUCGGGAACGAGGAGCGGGGAGAGGAAGCUUCCAGUCCCAGCGUCCACCCCAGCCUCCACCCUGGGCGGGCUAAAGUGUCACGUUUGCAGUUGCUCAGGAAGGAUCCCACUGGUCUCCGGAGGCAGGCUGGGCUGCCUGUCUGGGGAGGCAAUGCCUUGGGGGCAUGCUGCUUGCUAGGCAGAACCCCUCCAGGAUCGGACUGCAUUAGUUAGGUCUCUGUGUCACCUGAAGCAAUUGCCGGCUGCCUGCUUCCGGUGGAGACCAGCCAGUUCUACCCAGGAAUCUCAAAAGAACAGCCCUCGCCAUCAGAACCAUGGGGCAUCCCCCGCUGGAGUUCAGCGACUGUUACCUGGACAGCCCCGAUUUCCGUGAGAGGCUCAAGUGUUAUGAGCAGGAGCUGGAGAGAACCAAUAAAUUCAUUAAGGACGUGAUCAAAGAUGGCAACGCGCUUAUCAGCGCAAUGAGAAAUUAUUCUUCAGCUGUUCAGAAAUUUUCUCAGACACUUCAGUCCUUUCAGUUUGAUUUUAUUGGAGACACUCUGACUGAUGAUGAGAUUAACAUUGCUGAAUCCUUCAAGGAAUUUGCCGAAUUGCUCAACGAAGUAGAAAAUGAGAGGAUGAUGAUGGUACACAAUGCUAGUGAUUUGCUGAUUAAACCCCUGGAAAAUUUUCGGAAGGAGCAAAUAGGCUUCACCAAGGAACGGAAAAAAAAAUUUGAAAAGGAUGGUGAGCGGUUUUAUUCCUUGCUGGAUCGGCACUUACAUCUAUCAUCCAAAAAGAAAGAAUCUCAGUUACAAGAGGCAGACCUCCAGGUGGACAAGGAGAGGCAGAAUUUCUUUGAGUCCUCCCUUGAUUAUGUAUAUCAAAUCCAGGAAGUUCAGGAGUCCAAGAAGUUCAACAUUGUGGAGCCAGUUUUGGCCUUUCUUCAUAGUCUCUUCAUUUCCAACAACUUGACUGUGGCGCUCACGCAGGAUUUCCUCCCAUACAAACAGCAGCUCCAGCUCAGUUUGCAGAAUACAAGAAAUCAUUUCUCCAGUACCCGAGAAGAGAUGGAAGAACUUAAGAAAAGGAUGAAGGAAGCUCCCCAGACAUGCAAACUUCCAGGACAGCCUACCAUUGAAGGCUAUCUCUAUACACAAGAGAAAUGGGCUUUGGGAAUAUCCUGGGUGAAAUAUUACUGCCAGUAUGAGAAGGAGACCAAAAUGCUCACCAUGACACCUAUGGAGCAGAAGCCAGGUGCUAAACAGGGGCCUUUGGACUUAACCCUGAAGUACUGCGUGAGGAGGAAGACAGAGUCUAUCGACAAAAGGUUCUGUUUUGAUAUAGAAACUAAUGAAAGGCCAGGAACCAUCACUUUGCAGGCCCUUUCAGAAGCUAACAGAAGGCUAUGGAUGGAAGCCAUGGAUGGAAAAGAACCUAUCUACCACAGCCCCAUAACAAAACAGGAAGAAAUGGAACUGAAUGAAGUGGGGUUCAAGUUUGUUAGGAAGUGCAUCAAUGUCAUUGAGACCAAAGGGAUCAAGACAGAGGGAUUGUAUCGUACUGUGGGCAGCAACAUUCAGGUUCAGAAGCUGCUGAAUGCCUUUUUUGAUCCUAAAUGCCCAGGAGACGUUGAUUUUCAUAGUAGUGACUGGGACAUUAAGACAAUCACCAGCUCUUUGAAAUUCUACCUCAGGAAUCUUUCUGAACCUGUCAUGACCUAUAGACUUCACAAAGAGCUGGUCUCUGCUGCCAAGUCUGACAACCUGGAUUACCGGCUGGGAGCUAUUCAUUCCCUGGUAUAUAAGCUACCUGAAAAGAAUCGAGAGAUGCUGGAACUUCUUAUAAGACACUUGGUCAAUGUAUGUGAGCACAGCAAAGAGAAUCUUAUGACCCCCUCCAACAUGGGUGUUAUCUUUGGGCCCACUCUGAUGAGAGCUCAGGAGGACACUGUUGCUGCCAUGAUGAACAUCAAAUUCCAGAACAUUGUGGUGGAAAUUCUAAUCGAGCACUUCAUCAAGAUCUAUUCAGGUCCACCUGAAGAAAGUUGUACACCCCCAGUGCCUCCACCUCGAGUGACAGCAAGAAGGCACAAACCAAUCACAAUUUCAAAACGCUUGCUGCGAGAAAGAGCAAUUUUUUAUACUUCUUCCCUGGAUGAACGUGAAGAUGAAAUCCAACAUCAAACACCCAAUGGUAUUAUCACCAGCAGUAUAGAACCCCCGAGGCUACCACAAUACCCCAAAUUGCCUAUUCAGAGGAGUGGGGAAUCUGACACUGGGAGGAAGUCUCCAAGCAACUGGUCUGUUUCAGACGGCAAGUUGGAGUCCUGUCCUGAAGUGGAUGUAGGGAAGCUGGUGUCUAGGCUGCAGGAUGGUGGGACCAAGUCCAUACCAAAGGCCACCAAUGGACCUGUACCAGGCACUGGGCCCACAAAAGUCCCCUCUUUCCACAUAAAGAGACCAGCUCCUCGGCCCCUGGCUCACCAUAAGGAGGGAGACUCUGACAGUUUCAGCAAAGUGCGGCCUCCAGGAGAAAAGCCUACCAUCGUUCGUCCCCCAGUGAGGCCUCCAGAUCCUCCGUGCCGGACAACUACUCCCCAAAAGCCAGAACAAAAGCCAGAUAUUGUGGUUAUCAAUGCAGGGGAAAUCCCAUCAUCUGUGGUGGCUUCCAGGACCAGGUUCUUUGAAACAGCUUCCCGAAAAACAGGAAGGUUUUACAAUCCUUGGCCUCAGAGGACCCUUCACAGGUUCUGGAAGGGUCUUCUUCAAACUCUUCUAUGCUGAAUUAUUUUGUGCUGAAGAGAGCACCUCCUUCCUGGCCCUGCAACUUCAGGCUCUAGGAUGCUAUAAAAUAAGGGGCACAUAUCUUAGACACAGAUUUAUUUCUCUUAUGUAUUCUCUCUUUGCUCCCUCGGAAGGUCUAUGUUGAGCUCCUAUAUGAUUGUGAAUGGCUGAAGUCCCUCAAGCCAGACUGCAGAAACCAAACUAUCUACUAACCUGAGUCGAAGAAAGGAGCUUAGUUUUCAACUCUUCUCUGAAUUUCCUGUCUCCUCAAAAGACCAUCAAACUCUGAAAUAUUGGGACUAAAGACUGAUCUCAGAGGUCUUACCCUGAAUUAAAAGCUACUUGAGUUGGGGCCAUUGCUUGCCUUGGAACUAGAAGUGUAGGAAUGUUUGUCAAACAUUGGUGAAUCUUAACAUGUCUCUUACUGAAGAUAAUGACCCUGGCACCAGGUUGGAGCUCUGGCACUGUAGUAUAUUGCCAAGAACCUGUCUGCUCCUUUUGGGUCAGACAGUAUGUGUGAUACCAACCACAACUUCUUCAUGUGAACUCAGGAUGGCGGCCUUUCUGUUUUUGCAUACAACCACUUAGGACAAAUCUGCAAAGAAUAUCUUGCAUGUUGAAGCCUAGGUCUGUUUGGAUUAUUUUUCUUCCCAUUUAUUUCCCAACAGCUUAAUUUCUAAGAAAUCAAGAAAGAAACAAAAGCUGAAAACAGUUCUUUUAAAAAGACAGACUAUAUUUGUCCUGCAGAAGUUCCAUUUUUGGAUCAAAUACUGGGAAAAAUAGUUAAGAUGGAUUGAGGCCAGGCAGCUGGCAUGUUGCUUCAUAUUUGCCUUCUGCAGAUAAGCUCUUUCAUCUCCUCCAAGAAGCAACCCCUGGCCCAGUGUCGGUGGAUUCAGAAACUCCAUGAAGUUUCUAAAAUGGUAUGCAGAAUUCCAUGACAAUGUGCCUUUUCUGGGGAGAUGGCCCAUAAAAUUCUACUGAAUUUCAGAUGGGCCUGUGACCCAAUAAAGGUUAAGAACUACAGCACUUGAGAUAAAAGACUCUUUACAAUCCAUAAAGUAUUUGAUUGGAAGGGCCUUCCAAAAUUAUUUAGUCCAAGUGUCUAGUUUACUAUUGAAGAAACUAGAAAAUUAUCAGCCAUGCCUAAACAAGUCCUUAGGUCCCUGGGCUCCUGUACAAGUUUCUUCCCAUUAUACAAUACUUGUCUAAUGAGGAGCUUAUGAUUAGUGGCUUUAGUGGUCAUCAUUUUGAGUGUUUUUGGCUUUUACCCUCUAUCUUGAGCCUCCCAUAUUCAUUAUCAAGUGGAAAACUUUCAUACAUAAGCUCCUGGUGUUCCAUUUGCCAUUUCAAUCACUGGAAAGCAUCUAAAACACAACUGGUGCAGUGACUCAGAAAUCUGAGUAGAUAUUUCUGAUUCUUGUUUAUUGAUGGGAAGCUGCUGGGGAAAGUGUCACUGCGUGUGUUCCCAUGUUCUCUGGGCCAUAAUCUGUCGUUAGAGUCUAUGAAAUUAUAAUAUGGCCAAGUAUGAGAAAAAGAGCUUUUCUACUUGGACCCUUCUAGCAAGACCCUGACUAUGAAACUGAGAGAGAAGCACAGAGAUGGGUUGAGGGAGGAGAAGGAGAGAAGAAAGGAGAGGGAGACGGAGGAAGGGGAAGAGAGAGAAUAUACACAUGCCCAAACCAACUCUGAGAUGCCUUUGAAGCAGUGUUACUAAAAAAUUAUAGCCACUUUUAAGACUGAACUCAAUAUCACCCAUUGGUGAAUUAGUAACAUGUAGGCCUUUGUGGAAGGAAUUGAGUGGAAACUUGAUGCUGUUCCCAACAAAGACAUGCCCAGGUGGCCAUGUAAAACUCUCUCAGCUCUACCUGGUGUCAGAGUCCAAGUUAAUAAGAACCAGGAGCAAGAGAGCCAAGUGAUCACCAUUCUACCUGAGGCUCAUCUCCAAAGGAAGUUGCUGUGAGACCGCUGGCCUCACACAGGAAGUGCUUUUUGAGCCCUGUUGUCAGAGUUGUGGCCCCUCUGCUUACUCUAUCCCACUAGAUAACUAAUUAAAGCAAGUAAGUGUAGAUUUUGGCCACAGAAGCAGUGGCCAAUGGGGUUUCAGUACACUUGAAGAUGGUGGAGACAUCAUUUUGCUCUUGUUUCCUUGUGGAGGGGGAGAUACCAUAAUCGCCGCUACAAAUAUUAAAAGAUUAUUGAGAACCAGAGAAAGCCACUGCAGUCCCAGUUGAAUAGAUGUCCCAGAAAUGUAACCAUGAGAUUACUGUGUGUUUCCUGGGAUAUAGAUAAGAGCCUGGCCUAGAAAGUUGGGACCACAGGCUGGCUGGAGACCAGGAAGCAGUGGCUGGAUAGCUCUGCCCCUGCCCUGGGAUAUACCCAAAGAAUGCCCAGAAAUGAACCUCAGUACGUCCCGCUUUUGCACUCUAAUUUAAAGAGAAAAUCUGUGGUGAGGCACACUGUCACGGAAAUGAGACUGGCCUGGCCCAAGCUUGGAUGAAUAGUCAUUCAGAAGAGGCUAUGGGAAUGGGAUGAUAAUUGAAGAGUGACAAGUAUAGGAAAUUAUCUGCAUACGUUGGCCAGCAGGUUAGAGAAACUGGCAAUGGAUGAACCAUAAACCUUGAACUGACAAUAUUUAUUAAGCCCCUAUUAAAUUCUAUGUGCUUCAUAUACAUAAUCUCCUUUGUCUUUACAACAAUGAUGCAGGUAGAUGCUAUUCCCUCAGUUUACAGAUAAAAGAAUUAUGGCACAGGAGGCUACAGUAACUGGCUCAAGGGCUCACAGAAAAUAAAUAACAGGACUGUGACUCAAAUCCAGGUCUUUCUGACUGUACUCCAUGCUGUUUUCUCUUUGCCACACAGAGGCUACAUUAUUAGAACUGUAUGACUCUGACUUUUUCUGCCUAAUAAAAUAUUAAAAAGCAAGCAUUUGAAGGGGAGUAGGGCAGGUCUAGUUUACAGGGGAAUGAAAACUGGGCUGGAGGAGAUUUCCAAGUUGGGCUUUCUCCUCACCUUCUGUAUACUCAUAUGGUAAUGUUUUUAAAAGGAUCAUUCAAAUUUACCUUGUGAAAUGAAGGAUUUAUCUUUUUAGUUGGUAGUUACUAAGUCUUUGGAUUAGCUGUUUAUUAAAGAAAAAUGGUACCUGUAUGUGUCUAUGUACUUUACUAAGGUGUGUGUUUUCAGUCCAAGAGUCUGAAGACAUCUACACAUACAGUUUGAGAAGGAAAAAAGGUAUUGAUGCCUCUCUGGUACUUAAUGUCUUGGGGUCAAAUCUUUACAAGGUUUUCUGUGGUGACAAAAAAAAAAAAAAAAAAAAAGUUUAAGAGAUGAUUUAGAAUAAAAGAUAUUAUUGAAGUUUUUGCUUAAAAAAGGCAGAGAGGUUUUCCAGCCACUCAGCAUCCGACUUCAGUAAUAAAACAGCAUCAUAUGGAAAUACUCUAGUAUUUCUAAAAUAAUUGGUUUUCAAGGGGAAAUAUCUCUCCCUUUUCUAGAAGUUCCUUGAUUAUGUAAUAAGUAGAAUAAAGUAGUAGAAGGAGAUGUAUCUCUGUGACCAAAAAAAAAAAAAUUGCUCUCAAAAGAAUGGAGAUCAAUGAUACUAGUUUUAACAUAGCCACACUACACUACACACUACAAGCCCCAAAAGCUUCCGGAGCAUUUAAAAAUUGCAGAAAGGAGCAAGAUAGCUUGAAGAGAUGUUUUGGAUGAAGAAAGGUCUUCAUUUUCAUAGGCAAGAGAAGCACUUGAUACCAAGGACAUUAAUAGAUGCUAGAAAGACUUCUUAAGGGAAACAUCAGACAAAAGAAAGAGAUCCUGGGGCCCAUUCAUGUGACUUUCAAUAAAAUAUGCAGACUCUCCGGUACUGAUGGCAUCCAUCUGCAGUUUUUUAAAAUUUUAUUUAAAUUCAAGUUAACAUACAAUGUAUUAUAAGUUUCAGAGGUAGAAUUUAGUGAUUUAUCAGUUGUAUAUACCCAGCUGUAAUUUUUUCAUGGAAAAAAAGCUUUGAGCUUAUUAGACAUGAUGAUGCGGCCACCAUGCCCUGCUCAUGUCAUCUUUUGCAAUCCUAAGGAAACCCAGGCACAGAAUCUUUUUAUAACUGGGAUUCUCAGUCUACAGUCUACUUUGCACCAAGUCCUUGUCAUUCCCUCAGGCCUCACAAUAUUGCUGCAUGAUGGUUAAUAACCCCGUUUUACAGAUAAGGAAUGUUGUGGGGGAGAUGAGGGAGAUGAGAAAUGACUUUGCUAAUGACUGGUAAAAAUUCAGGAUUGGAAGCUCCAGAAGCUUUACUGUUUCUAAUACAUCACACUACCCCCCCCCCCUUAGUAGUAAAGGAAUCCUGAUGGUAAAUAGAGAAGAUGCUUAGAAAUGAGGCUGGUGGAAACAACAUCUACAAGUCUUGCUACUCCAAAUGUGGUCCAUCAUCCCCUUCAGCAUCAUCAUUACCUGGGAGCUUGUUAGAAGCACAUUCUUGAGCACCACCAGAGAUAUUUGUAAUCAGAACCUUUAUUUUAAUAAGAUAUCUAUAUUUCUAUGUACACUAAAUUUUAAGAAAUGCUGAUAUAAGGCACUUGAAACAAAAAAGCAAGUUGAGGAAGGAGACUUUGGGUGAGGCAAAGACCAAAAAUGGUGGAUAAGGCCAAUCUGGUUAUGUUAGGAGUAUUUACAAAGAUUGUGUCCAUAUCUGACUGCUUCUUAGAGUGCUUUGUACAUGGCCCUGUACUUCAAUGAGAUGCAAAUGAAGUUUCUCCACUUCAAAGAACAAUGAAACCAGCCUAGGAAAAAGACUGAAAAUCACCUGAUUUUCAAAUCUCUGGCCACUGGAGCCAGUGGAAAGACCACAUGCAGCAGUGGAAGAAACUCCUUUCAGAAGCCUUGGGGUGUUCCAGAUUUGCUUCUGUCACUAACUCUCUUUAUGCUCAGCAAGUAUCUCCCUCUUUGUAGGUCUCAAAUUGUAAAUCAUUAGUUUUGGAUGUAGAGUUCAGUGGUUCAUCAGUUGCAUGUAACACCCAGUGUUCAUCACAUCAUGUGCCCUCCUUAAUGCCCAUUGCCCACUUACCCCAUCUUCCCACCACCUCCCCUCUAGCAAUCCUCAGUUUGUUUCCAAUAUCUGUCUCUCAUGGUUUGUCUCCCUCUCUGAUUUCAUCUUAUUUUAUUUUCCCUCCCCUCCCCUGUGAUCCUCUGCACUAUUCCUUAUAUUCCACAUGUGAGUGUCUUUAAACAGGAUAGUCUCAAAGUUCCUUUUAAGUUUUGACAUUCUGUUAUUCUCCACUGUGGGUUUUGCUACAGACUACAUUUAAUUAAAACAUGGACAAAUCUA